AUGAGGCUUAUGCUCGCUGGCAAAAGAAAAAUAAAGACUCUCACGGAGAAAGAGAUAAGUAACAUUCAAGGACUACUUGGUUCAGCAGUUGUUGAUCUGAAUGUGAAAGGCAGAUUAAGGUGGCCACUUGGUAAAACAUCAUCCGAAGGUGGUUACAAAAUAUUUGAAGUUUGUCACGCUAGAGUUACUAUCUACAAAAAGCAUACUCUUGGGCUUAAGGUUAGAGAGACUAAUAGAUUUAAUGAGAGGUAUGCAACAGCGGAAAUGGAGAAGGGGGUUACUCUUAUACUUAAAGAGAUGAACACUAAACUACAGGAACAGAACAUUGAGAGGGUUUGUGUUUUGGAAAUGCUCCGAGAUGCUCUUGGAACUAUAUGGGACUUCUUGUGUUGCGAUGCCAAUCUUAUGCAAUAA